AUGGCGCACAAGGUUCAAGCGGUUAUCUUCGACUUGGACGGCACGCUCAUCGACUACGAAGGUGCAUCACACGAGGCACUGGAAGCGCCUUUGCUGCGCCGUGACAAAGCCCUGUCCUGGGAUUUGCACGGGAAGAUCGUUGGAACGAAAACGGAGGAUUGGUCACGAAAGAUUCUGCAGGAUGUCUCAAUGGAUCCGGAGGCUUUGACUCCGGAGGCCUAUGUGCAGGAGUACCUGGAAGAGAUUAAGGCCUUGUACUCGAAGAUCCCGGCCUGGCCGGGGACGCUGCCCCUGCUCCGUGCGCUGAAGAAAGCCGGCUUCCCAAUGGCAAUAGCAACUUCGAGCCCAAGGAUAUCCUUCGACGAGAAGAUGAAGCACCAUCAGGAAAUCUUGGAUCUCAUGGAUGCCGUCGUCACUGGUGAUGAAGUUGCCAAGGGCAAGCCAGCGCCCGACAUCUUCGAAGAAGCCGCGCGAAGACUUGGCAGGGACAGCCGAAGGUGCGUCGUGUUUGAGGAUUCGCCUUUGGGUAUUGCUGGUGGGCAGGCGGCAGGCUGCCUCACUGCAGCACUGCCUGACCCGAGGUUUCCGGAGAACGCCAGACGGCUGGAAGAACUGCGGCCAACUUGGAUCUUGACAGGUGGCAUCAGCGACUUCAAGCCAGAUGAUCUUCAGUUGGACUGUGAGGAUUGA